AUGCGGAAGCAGUACAAGGGUUUGUUAGACUUCAGCACAUGUAUGGAUUCAGGCGAUCACAGCGACCGCGGUGGUGCACUCUUCAUGAAGCAAUGGAUGUCAAUCGAGAUCGAAAGGAUGCCGAAAUCAGCGAUGCGUACGUGCGGGAUAGCCCAACUCCCUGACGCCUUUCCCUCAGUGAUCUCACGAAAUUCACUCGGUGAAGAGAAUGAGUGCUCUCAACGCUGA